AUGAGACUCGCCCACCUCCACCUCCCCCACACAACGCCCUUCAGCCGCGUCUCGCACAUCCAGCAAGCCCUCACAUCCCGCCUCCUCACGCACAAAAAGCUCUCCUCCCCGGGCUCCCUCCUCUCCCAAACCUCGGGCAAAUCAAGCGCCACACUAGCCAACACCCCACCUCCACCCCCAGACCCAACAAUCAUCACCUUCACCCCAAACCCGGUCUACACCACCGGCCGUCGCGACCUCCCACCUUCAAACACAAGCCCACCAGACAUCACAAACCCCAACCUCUCCCUGCCCGACGCUCUCGAACCCAUCCGCUCCCUCCUCAUUCCGAAUGGCGCCAACCCCCCAAAGGCAGAGUACCACCCGACCCUCCGCGGCGGACAGACAACCUACCACGGACCGGGCCAGAUGGUCGCAUACACAAUCCUCGAUCUCAAGAGACUGGGGCUGACCCCGCGCUGCCACAUCCGCGUGCUAGAGAACAGCGUCAUCGACCUUCUGAAAAGCUACGGCGUGGAGGGUUUCACGACCGAAGACCCGGGCGUGUGGGUAUCGAAGGGCGCAUCGCAGGCAAAGAAGAUCACUGCCGUUGGAGUGCAUCUGCGGCGCAAUAUUAGCAGUUUUGGGAUUGGGUUGAAUGUUACGGACGAGCCGAUGUGGUUCUUCAAGCAGAUUGUGGCUUGUGGGUUGGAGGGUAAGGAGGCUACUAGUUUGCAGGGUGUUGGUGUUCCGGGACUGGAGAUUGGGGAUGUUGCUGUUGGGUUUGUCGAGAGGUUUGUUAGUCGGAUUAAUACGGACUUUGCUUGUGGGGAUACGCCGCUGGGGGAGAGGAUUGAUGAGGUUUAUCAGGUGAAGGAGGAAGAUUUACUCAAUUCUUUCUAA